CAUACACUACAUACUGCUCUUGGGGAGACUCCACUCUCCCAUUCAAAGACUGUAGGAUAAGUACCUGUGUGCUUUAGAAGGUUAGGGUCUCUGCUGUGCUAAGUAAAGUGUUUUUGGAGCUCUCUUUUGCUGUUUUAUGAGUCUUGCUUUGCAGGUUAUUCUGAUGUCAGACGUUGCUGAAGACAGAGCAACUCACCCAUUGAAGAAAAGGGGGAGUAUGUCCUCUCUGAGCAGUCACGAGUUCCGGCGGAAGGAUAUUCAUGGGCGCACCAAAGACUCUAUGAGUACCGUAUCAUAUAUGGAUGAACCUAGCCAGCGUGAUGAUGUUUCCCGCCUUACAGUCCAGAUGGAAAACACCUAUCAGCUCGGUCCUACCAAACAUUUUCCCGUUGUCACUGUCAAUCAUAUUUUGAAAGAUGUGUUGACCAACUACCUACAGGAGGAAGCAUAUGAACCGGAGCUCUGUAGACAGAUGGCUAAAACGAUCUCUGAGGUUAUUAAAGCCCGGGUCAAGGACUUCAUCCUUCCACGGUACAAACUAAUCGUAAUCAUUCACAUUGGACAACUGAGCAGUCAGAGCAUAUUUAUUGGAAGCAGAUGCCUGUGGGAUCCUAAAACUGAUACUGUUUCGUCGUAUGUCUUCAGAAAUUCUUCCCUCUUUGCUGUUGCAAAUGUCUAUGCAGUUUACUUUGAGUGAUUGAAAAUAAAGAUAGUUCUCACUUUUUGAAAUCAUGAAACAGGCUGCAUCAUGUACCCAAAAGUUUUACUGCCAAAAACAAUAAACAGGCAAACAAUGGUAA